GACCCUGGGCCGUGGGCCCUUCCGCCCCCGGGCUCGCGUCUGGCCGUGGGAGCUGCCCACGCUCGCGCCCUGGGCUGACGCCGGCGUCGCAGGUGAAGUCCGGCCCCGGGCGGCCCGUGGGCGCUGGGCCGGCCAGCCUCGACCCGGGCCUGAGUUUGCACAUCUGUAAAAUGGAAGUCCGGAUAGGCGAGCUGUGAGGACCUUCCACGUCUGACGCGCGAGCUCACAACUGCAGACGUCGAAGCUGCCAGAGGGAGAGCAUAGCGUGAAGUCCAUGGCCCAAAAUGACUCUACCAGUGGAGACUCUCUUCUGUAAAGAAGACCAGAUCGGAGGCUGGGAUGAGCAUGCCACUGCAUCAGAUCUCUGCCAUUCCACCCCAGGAUGCCAUCUCUGCUAGAGCCUACAGAAGUAAGACCAAAGAAAAGGAGCGGGAUGAACAGCAUGAGAAGACUUUGGGACAUUCCAUGAGUCAUUCAAGCAACAUUUCUAAGGCUGGGAGUCCUCCAUCAGCGUCAGCGCUGGCAUCCGCCUUCUCUCGCACUUCCGUCACGCCAUCCAACCAGGACAUCUGCAGUUCCAGUGCAGUGUUUUCUGAGUGUUGUCACCACAGUCCUGUGCAAUCUGCUGUUGUCUUGAAAGCUCCUCAAUGCCAGAGUUCUCUGACACAAGGGCUCACUGUGACGGUUAUCUGUAAAGACACGUUUCAGGCGGCAAAGGGAAAUUCCUUUGGUUCACAUUGGGUCCAGGCCUUGAAGCCUGCUAAGAAUCUCAAAGCCAGAAGAACCCUGAAGUGCUCCCAGUCCCUAAAUGAUGUGGGUGAGAAGGCCCAGGAUACUUUGGAAUGUUUCAACUAUGUGGAAAGAACUUGUUCUGAAGGAAAAUUGAUGAUCCCUCAAGAUUCAUGUCUUAGAAUUAAUAGAUUUCACCAUAAAGAAAAAAGAACGCUGAGUCGCAAAGCUCUUGGCAACUCUAAACGUUCUUGUGUUUCGUCGUCCUUUUCUGCCAAUCAUUUGACUGCCUCGGAAGGGGAAGCUGGCAAGGGGGGCACACAUGUCCCACUUCUGGAGGAGAAGGCAGAUGGCGAGGCGGUGCCCAGAAGCCGGCGGCUGCUCCGGUACCUGUUCUCACUCUCCCGGGGCUCGAGCACCAGCAGCCUGCACAGGUUCCAUGAGCUGGAGAGCUGCAGCGCCCCCCUGCACCCCGCCACAUCCUCCAGCGGGCUGGCAGGGAGCACGGGCUUCUGCUCCGACGACAUGGGAGAUGACGACGUCUUCGAGGACAGCACAUCUGCCAAACUGAAGAGUAGGGUCCUGCGGGCGCCCCUCUGUUCAGCAGAAAAGGACAGCGACCUGGAUUGCCCUUCUCCCCUCUCUGAAAGAUGCCCCCCCAUAUCUCCCGUGUCGGCAUCAGGGGAUGCCUGCAGGAUCUGCCACUGUGAAGGGGACGACGAGAGCCCUCUAAUCACGCCGUGCCGCUGCACGGGGAGCCUGCACUUUGUGCACCAGGCCUGCCUACAGCAGUGGAUCAAGAGCUCCGACACGCGCUGCUGUGAGCUCUGCAAGUACGAGUUCAUCAUGGAGACCAAGCUGAAGCCUCUGAGUAAAUGGGAGAAGUUGCAGAUGACAGCAAGUGAGCGCAGGAAGAUCAUGUGCUCAGUGACGUUCCACGUCAUCGCCAUUACCUGUGUGGUCUGGUCCUUGUACGUGCUCAUCGACCGCACAGCUGAGGAGAUCAAGCAGGGGCAGGCCACAGGAAUCCUAGAGUGGCCCUUUUGGACUAAACUGGUGGUGGUGGCCAUUGGCUUCACUGGAGGACUUCUUUUUAUGUAUGUUCAGUGCAAAGUGUAUGUACAAUUAUGGAAGAGACUCAAAGCUUAUAAUAGAGUGAUCUAUGUUCAGAACUGUCCAGAAACAAGCAAAAAGAAUAUUUUUGAAAAAUCUGCACUAACAGAGCCAAACUUUGAAAAUAAAGAUGGCCGUGGGAUCUGUCAUUCCGACACGAACUCUUCUUCUUGCACAGAACCCGAAGACCCUGAAGCAGACAUCGUCCACGUCUGACAGUGUGCAGGGUGUGCUUCUGCUGGACGUCCACGAGAGCUGAAGGAGAUUGUUCACUGCCACUGUGUACCUUUCUUAUGUCCUUCAAUAGCAGAGACCGGGCAGCGACUGUU